GGCAACCGCCACUUUCCUUUUCCUCCCACCCGCCCGCCCAUCCAACCUCCAUGCCAUGCCAUCCUUUCCUUCCGAUCGAAACUUCCAAAUCCGAUCCCACCCACCACCAGACCAGACCAAUCCCGAUCGCCAACUACUCCUACUGCUAUAACCAUCGCUCCCCUCCUCCCCCCAGCGCCCCCGCCCCGAGCCCGAUCAUCCUCCCUCCGCGCCGUGCCUCUCUCCACUUCGAUCGCCUGCCUUCCUCGUCAGUUCAUUGCCGUCGGCAGCGCGUUGCCGCCGCUCGACUCGACUCCACUCCACUCGACCCCACUACAGUACAGGGUUCGGGAUUCGAGUUCGGGCGGCAUUGUUCGAUUCAGCUUACUACUACUGUCUUGGGUACUGACAUGAUCAUGAAGCUUUUCACAUUUCGAUGACAGGAUUGUUGGAUCUCUUGUUUUAGAAAGAGAUGAAAGUUGGUGGUCUCCUGACCUCUGCUGGAAUCAACAUCGGUCUCUGUGUGCUUUUUCUGUCACUUUACUCCAUUCUAAGGAAGCAGCCACAAAAUGUUAAGGUCUAUUUUGGGAGAAGGAUUGCUGAGGAGCACAACCGGCUCCGUGAUGCUUUUAUCUUGGAGAGAUUUGUCCCAUCCCCUAGCUGGAUUGUGAAAAGUCUGCGGUGCACAGAGGAAGAAAUCUUAGCUACUGCUGGGUUGGAUGCUGUUGUUUUCAAUAGAAUUCUAGUAUUCAGCAUACGCAUCUUCUCCUUAGCCGCCAUUCUGUGUAUAUUUGGAGUCCUUCCACUGAAUUAUUUUGGACAAGAUAUGCAUCAUGUCCGGAUUCCGUCAGCAUCAUUAGAGACAUUUACAAUAGGAAAUGUGGAAGAAAGAUCAAGAUGGCUUUGGGUCCAUUGUGUCGUGCUGUACAUCAUCUCUGCUGUAGCUUGCAUUCUUCUAUACUUGGAGUACAAGCACAUUGCCAGGCUGAGGUUGUAUCACAUUUCUCGAGCAACAAGCAAUCCUAGCCAUUUUACUGUCCUUGUCCGAGGAAUUCCAAAAUCAAGUACAGAAUCAUUCAGUAGGACAGUUGGAAGUUUCUUUACCAAGUACCAUGCAUCAAGUUACCUAUCUCAUCAAGUUGUUUACAAAGCUGGGAAAGUUCAGAAGAUAGUGAGUGGUGCAAAGAAGGUUUACAGGAAGUUCAGACAUUUCAAGGGUGCGACAGUUGAUCAGAGAUGCAGACCCAUCACAUUUCAAUGCUGCUUUUGUGGAGCAUCUUCUAAUUCAUUCCAGUUGUUGCCCAGUGAUUACGAGCAAGAGAGCGAAAAGUCUGAUGUGAAUGAUUCAAGCUCGAGCUUACCUGAUGAGGAAUGUGGUGCUGCUUUUGUAUUUUUCAAAACUCGGUAUGCAGCGCUAGUUGUAGCCAAAAUUCUACAGACAUCGAACCCUAUGAGAUGGGUCACUACUUUGGCUCCAGAGCGUGAUGACAUAUAUUGGUCUAAUCUUUGGUUACCCUACAAGCAACUCUGGAUUCGGCACAUAGUCACACUUCUGGGGUCUAUCGUUUUCAUGUUUUUAUUCCUUAUACCAGUGACAUUUAUACAAGGUUUAACUCAGCUGGAGCAGCUGCAACAAAGGCUCCCUUUUCUGAGAGGGAUAUUGGAAAAGAAAUACAUGACCCAGCUAAUAACUGGAUAUCUUCCCAGUGUCAUCUUGCAAAUAUUUUUAUAUACUGUCCCCCCAACCAUGAUGCUCUUUUCUACUUUAGAGGGGCCUAUCUCUCACAGUCAAAGAAAGAAAAGUGCCUGCUGUAAAGUAUUAUACUUUACCAUUUGGAAUGUCUUCUUUGUCAAUGUCUUAUCGGGUUCAGCAAUUAGCCAACUGAAUGCUUUAUCAAGCCCAAAGGACAUUCCUAUGCAGCUUGCUAAAGCAGUACCUGUGCAGGCUACAUUCUUUACAACCUAUGUUCUUACUUCAGGAUGGGCUAGUCUAUCAUCAGAACUUAUGCAACUCUUUAGUCUUACAUGGAACUCUGCAAGAAGAUAUCUUCUGAGAAUGAAGGAAGAUAGCGAUCUUCUUUACUCAUUUCCCUAUCACACUGAAGUGCCAAAAGUUCUGUUGUGUGGACUGUUGGGUUUCACAUGUUCUGUACUAGCACCUCUAAUCUUGCCCUUUUUACUGCUGUACUUUUGUCUUGGCUACGUCGUCUAUCGCAACCAGUUCCUCAACGUUUACUGCACAAAAUACGACACCGGCGGUCUAUAUUGGCCAAUUGCGCACAAUACUACAAUAUUCUCUCUAAUCCUCACUCAGAUCAUCUGUCUUGGUGUAUUUAUUAUUAAAGAAUCCCCUGUAGCUGCUGGCUUCACUGUCCCUCUUAUCAUCUUUACUCUUCUAUUCAACCAGUAUUGUAGGAAGCGUCAUCUUCCAUUAUUCAAGACUUUCCCUGCACAGAAUUUGAUUGACAUGGACAAGGAAGAUCAGCAAUCAGCUACAACGGAGGACCUUCAUCACCGCCUUCAUUCUGCCUACUUUCAGUUCCAUGACACCGACGACGUGCCUUUGGAAGGUCACAGCACUACCGGCAGAGACGAAGACCGAAGCGGCUGUUCAGGAGAAUCAAGCCGCAAGGAAAGCGCCGUCGACGAACUAUCCCACCCGACGCUGGAUGGGCUCCCGGUUAGUCGGUUACGCAGCGCGGUGAGAUCACUUGGGUCCAUUUUGAGACCGAAGAAGAGAGAGUUACCAGUAUAGCACCAUUCCUUCAUCCGCCCAUGUAAAUCCAAGGUCGACAAACCACACACAUUUACCGGUAUAGCAUAUUAUUUAUAGAUAGCGCAUACAGGGAGAGGAAGAUGCACAGAAAUGGAAGCGAGUAUACUGUACACGUAUACCACCCGUUUGCAAGGGUAGAAAUUUUGGCGUGUCAAUUGAUGCUUGAAUGACUUUUCAGGUCAUUCCAUUCCAUUUCAAUUGUUUGAUUCUUCAAACGGUUCAGGCCGGCCUCUCUGGUUA